CCUGACCUGCCCCCCGCAAUUUUUUAAAAUUUUUAAACCCUAGCUAAGAAAUGAGAAUCCAGGAAAAAAGAAGCCCAAUAUUAGGGAGUAAAGGAGCCAGUAGCAGGAAAUGCAGCCCGGCCGACCACUCCUAAUUCUUAACGCUACCAUUUCUCCGGUUGGAGUUCAGCUCUUACAAGGUUGCUGAGAAGGGAGGAAAAUAAUGGGGUUCCGAUUACUGGCUUCCAGGAAGCUCACAAGUCUCCAACCCUACUCCGCCAACUUCUUUCUUCGCUCAAUUGUCACUACCAAGGAAAAGCUCGUUGGCGAAGUUGGUAAAAAAUUACCAGCUAUGGCGAGGGCGGUAGCGACGAGCUACGGUCAGUGUUCAAGGAGCAAUCUCUACGUCUCGUUCUUCUGCACUCUCAUUCACCUCUACUUGUCCUGCGGCAGAUUGUCCAGAGCUUCCGAGGCUUUCUACGGCAUGAGAAGUCGAGAUGUCGCAGGUUUUAAUAUAUUGAUUGACGGGUAUUGCAAAGUUGGAGAUUGUAGUUAUGCUCUUCAGCUGACAGAAGAGAUGGAAAGAGAUGGUAUGUUGCCCGACAUUGUUACAUACAAUACAUUGAUCAGUGGGUUUUGCCAACAAGGUGAUUUUGAGAAAGCAAGGGAUUUAGUCGCUGAAAUCUUACAGUCAAGGAGAGAUACUCGUGUCGGUUGUGCAUCAAUGCCCGAUAAGAAUGGCGAGGAAGAAAGUGUUGUAUUGGAACCAAACUGUAUUACAUACACUACGCUGAUAAGUGCUUACUGUAAGCAGUAUGGGCUUGAAGAAGCAUUGGCAUUAUAUAAGGAAAUGGUUGUAAAUGGUUUCUUGCCUGAUCUGGUUACCUAUUCUUCCAUCCUAAAUGGUCUUUGCAAGGGUGGAAGAACGUCUGAAGCAAAAGAGAUUUUGAAGGAGAUGGAGGAGAUGCAUGUGGAUCCCAAUCAUGUGGUAUACACUAAUCUCAUGGAUUCAUUGUUUAAAGCUGGCAGUGAAUGGGAAGCAUUUAUGUUCCAAAGUCAGAUGGUCGUCCGUGGGUUUACCUUCGACUUGGUUGUAUGCACUGCUCUCAUAGAUGGGCUCUUCAAGUCUGGUAAGCCCGAGGAAGCAGAAGAGAUGUACUACGCACUUUCAAAGCUUAAUCUUACUCCGAACAACAUUACCUAUACAGUAUUGAUUGAUGGGCAUUGCAAGUUAGGAGACAUGGAUGGUGCAGAAUCUUUAUUGAAAGAUAUGCUAGAGAAGCAUGUCAAUCCAACUAUCGUAACUUAUGCUUCUAUUAUAAAUGGAUAUGUAAAGAAAGGCAUGCUUGGUGAAGCUGUUCAUGCAAUGAAGAGAAUGUUGGAACAAAAUAUUGCUCCAAAUGCUUAUAUCUAUGCCAUACUAAUUCAUGGUUACUUCAGGGAUGGUAAACAUGAAGUUGCUUUUGACUUUUAUGAGGAAGCUAAAUUGAGUGGAUUAGAACAGAACAAUUUCGUACUGGAUGCUUUAGUAAAUGGCUCCAAAAGAGGGAGAAAGAUAGAGGAAGCUGAAUGCUUACUUAAGAAGAUGACUUCUAAUGGAUUAUUGAUUGAUCACAUUAACUACACAUCCUUGAUGGAUUGCUUCUUCAAGGCCGGAAAUGAAUCAGGUGCUCUAGAGAUUGCUGAAGAAAUGAGACAGAAAGGUAUAAUGUUUGAUGUUGUUGCUUAUAACGUGUUGAUGAAUGGGCUGUUGAGGCUUGGAAAAUAUGAUGCUAAAUCUGUUUAUUCUGGAAUGGAGAAGGUAGGCCUUGCACCAGAUUGCGUCACGUACAACACCAUGAUGAAUGCAUACUGCAAGCAAGGGAAAGUGGAAGAUGCUUUUAUGAUCUGGGAAGAAAUGAUGAGUUCUGGAAUCCUGCCAAAUUCAAUCACUUGUAACAUCUUUGUACAGGGGCUCUCUGAAGCUGGACAUACUGAUAAGGCGACUGAUAUUCUGGAAUAUAUGAGAAUUAUGGGAAUACAGCCUAACCAAAAUACUCAUAGGUUUUUGCUAUGCUCAUCUGCAAAAAGCAGAAGGGCAGACAAAAUCUUUCAGAUGCAUCAGCAACUUGUCAGCAAGGGACUCAAGGUGAAUCGAGAAGUUUAUAAUAAUCUUAUUGUCAUCUUAUGCAAGCUAGGAAUGACCAAGAAAGCAAAUUGGGUAUUGAGAACUAUGACUAGAGAUGGUUUCUUGCCAGAUACAAUUACUUACAAUGCCCUUAUACGAGGUUAUUGUGAAGGCAGUCAUGUCCAUUCUGCUUCAGCGACAUAUAAGCAGAUGUUAGAUAAAGGAAUUCCCCCAAAUAUAGUAACUUACAAUAUCCUCUUGGGUGGGUUACUAGCUGCUGGUUUACUGGAAGACGUACAAAAACUAGUGACCCAGAUGAAGGAAAAGGGCUUACCUCCCGAUGCAUCCAUAUACGAUACUUUGAUAAUUGGCCAUACGAAGAUUGGAAAUAAGAAGGAAGCUAUAAGAAGUUACUGUGAAAUGGUUGCAAACGGUUUUGUCCCAAGAACGGGCACCUACAAUAUGCUUAUUGCAGAGUUCUCCAAGAAUGGAAUGAUAAAACAGGCUAGGGAGUUGCUGGAUGAGAUGCAACGCAGGAAGGUUCUUCCCAAUUCUUCCACCUACAAUUUACUGAUAAACGGGUGUUGCAAUUCAUCUAGACUACCACAACUGCCCAAGUCACUAAGAAAGACCUACCAAGCUGAGGCGAAAAGAUUGGUCAGGGAGAUGAAUGAGAAAGGAUUUGCCCCAUGGGAGGAUACUCUUGCCUGCAUCAGGUCUACUUUUACUAGGCAGGGAACAUGGAUGAGCUGAGUAGAUGUUGAAGGAAAUGAACCACCAACUUAUCUGGGGGAGUUUUGUGAAAUGGGGAUAAAAAGGGUCCUAUCUUCUGGAUUUCCUGUAUUUCACCGUUGAGAGGCUGGUGAUCACUGCUUAAGCCCAUCGUUUCAGCUACAGGAAACUGGAAGGAAUAGAACAAUUGGAGAAUUAUGUCAACCUUUAUGAGAAGAUAUACCUAGUUUUUGGUUCAGAGAGUAGAGAUCAAUCAAAUGAAAGAAGAUGCUCAUGAUGUGAUCUGUUGUUCGGACAUUCUUGUGUAGCAAAAAGGUUCUGACAAAGCCUAACAUUAUAGUCUUUGUCCGUGUGGUAAACUGCUGCAGAUUUUUGAGCAGGCAGGGAAAGAACAGGUUUUCCUUAGGAAGAAAGUGAAAAGGAGGUAGGCUUUUCUGGUAUAUUCUGCAUUUAAGUACACCUCUAUCGAAAAUUGACUGUUGUUGCUCAAUUUGUUUCUGUCUUUCUUAAUUGCAGUGUCUAGUUUGAUUAGCUUAAUUUUGAUUUGAACCAUUAUCAAUCUCUUGAAGGCAAGGACUAAGAAGAUCAAUUCGAGAUUGAGUUGAAGUCCAAUGAAAAGUUAAGCUUGUUCCCCUCUGGCUUCAACGAGUGGAUAGGGCUCCAUGAGCUCUAUUUCUCUGAGCAAAAACGAACACUUGAAAUGGGAAGUGAACUAAAGGAUUGUAAGGUAAAUUCUUAUGUGAAUCUUUGAAUGCCUCUACUUCAGCCAGAAUGUUGCUUCCUGUCAUUAUAAUUAUUCCAUUUUCAGAUGGAUCUUGAUAAAGAACUACCAAGGACCUGCUGGAUCUUGGAGAAAAUUAUAGAGUUGCCAUCUCGGCACUAAAGGAAAAAGAGUUUAUCAUCUCUAAGCUUCUGUAUUCAGGUGAGUGUCCAUAUUUACUUUUCCCCAAUCUUCUCACUUUUACUGCCUAGCACCUUGUGCUGAGAACCUUACAUAUUUUAUUAAUAUAAAAUUGAUGAAAUGAGCGGGCAAAGGAGUUGGGGCAUGGCUAGCAAACUGCUUUGGAAGAUAUUACUUUACUGUUCACAGCAUAGGUAGGGGUGUCAGUUCGGGUCGGGUUCCUGAAACCGAACCCGAACCCGUCAAGGACUUACGGGUUUCGGUUACCCGAAAUCCGAAAAUUCCUUAUCGGGUUCGGGUUCGGUUAAAGCAAAACCGAAACCCAAAAAUUCGAACGCCUAAGAAUACCGGUUGAGUUCUAUUCAUUGGAGGUUUUUAGCCGGAACCCGAAAAAUCGAUAAGCAAAACCGUACCCGAAAUCGAAAAACCCAAAACCCGAACCCGAAAAAUCGAAAAUCUAUAUAAUCGGGUUGGUUUCGGGUAAACCCGAAAAACCAAACCCGAAUAGACACCCCUAAGCAUAGGUAUAAAUGAAUUUGAUUGGUGUAAAUGACGAUCAUGCUGACCUUCAGCUUUAGGAUUCUCAUAAUAUACCAAUUUGCGAACGAUAAAACUAUAUUUUCUAGUGAUUGUGGUGGGGCCUCCAAAAAGUGAAUGCAUGUAUUCUAGUUCAAUAUAACAUAAAAAAAGACUUAAUCUCACAAAUACAUGAAUUAGCUCAAUUCACCAUUUGAAAUCACAACUUCCAAACGACCUCUUAGUUGAACAUUUGAAUAUUGAUGUUAUAUAAGUGUGUGAAUUUUCACUAUAUGUUGGAUCUAAGUACAACAUGUUACUUUGGUGUAAUGUUAUAUGUUAUUACUCUCAUGUUAGAUGAGAUUUGAUAUAAUUUAUCAGGAUAAGUUCAAUAUUAUAACUCUUUCUAUAUUUCCGGGCUAAAUCAGGCUAAAACGGGUGACCCGUUAAACCUUGAACCACUAACUCGACCGGGUCCGGGUCAACUCGCGGGUUUGUAGUAGAUGGGAAGGAUCAUAUUCAUAUCAUAAGAAAACAAAAAACAAGAGAAUGGUUUUAGAUUUGGUGAAACAAGACCACUCUGGGUUCAUUUGGAUGGAUCUUUCUCAUGGAGUAAUUUAGCACAAUUAAUUCAAAACGAGGCAAUUGACUCACAUCGCCUCAUUUGGCAACAAAAAAAAAGGAAAUGAAUCAAUUGUACAUGG